UUCAUUACAGCAUGAUGUUUUAUUUCGUAAAUGAUAGGCCCGUUUAUACUAAUUAAGACGAUAAAGCAGGUUGCUUUAGGGCAACAUGCCACUACCCCACCAGAGUCGUUGUUGCAGCUCUAUGUCAUUCCUCUGUUGUCCAUAUAUGGUCACGUCUGUUCAUUGGACAAGUUGGUUGUGAGAUUUAAGGGACUACUAAAUACCAUGUAAAUAAAACAAACCACAGCUAUCAGGCCUAUAAACACCGGGGUAUUAACCAAUGACAAUGGGUGAAAUAUAUAUAAAAACAAAACAAAACAGAGGCUCGGUAGUCCGAAACAAUUUGCAAACUUUCUUACUCCUUGCAACUCUGACAAAGGCAACGCAGAGCAGAUCCACACUCUGUAAUUGUUUGCCAGAGGAACUCCAAUUCACUCAGAGCCUCAAUAAUAGAGCUUACAGUAGCGGUUAUACAACAAUUUACCUCGUUUUGCACAAAUGUUCAAACCUUGUUUUGGAAAAAUUGUUGCAACUGUCCCAAAUAUGCAUCGGUGGAGUGAAUAGUUUAGAUCAGGGGUCCCCAACCCCCGGGCCGCGGCCCGGUACCGGUCCACGGCUUGGUUGGGACCGGGCCGCGGAAAAAAAGUGAAUAAAAAAAGUUUUAAAUUGUUUUUUUUAAAUCAGUCGUAAAAAUAUAUUAUUUUGAAAAAGGACCGGAUACACCCGUGUGUACGUCUGAGCCGCGUUCAGGAGUCUUAAAGUUCGGGUUUAUCGCUGCAGGCGAGUCACACGCGUCGAACCCUCUGCUGGCGGCACAUUUCAGUGACAAAGAAUCUUAAAACAUAUUCAACCUGCUCAAUGAAUUCUGUCACUUCAGGGAAAUGACAACUGUUUUCAAGUUGGCCGAUAAAGUCGCUGCUGUGUGGGCGAGUGAACAGCGGAAUAUUCUACAUGUUUCAGACGUUGACCGGGUGGAAGAGGCUUUUAAAAGAGUUUGAGCGGUACUCCAACCACAAAAGACCCGACUGCAAAAGAAUAGACCUGCAACCCAUUUGUAAACAAACCCACCCGGUGAACGAGCCCGUCCGAGCUCGAAGAACAUUUGUUUGAGAUGCAAAUGACGGUGGCCUUAAGGGACAUUUCACACAAUAACUCUGCCGGUGUUCUAAUGACAGCGACCAGAACUCGGUUAGGAGCAGCGUACCAAACAAACACACGUCUGUGUCGCCGUCUCCAUUAGCGGCUCGUUGCAGGUAAACAAGCGCACGGCUCACACUAAUUCAGCGUAAUGAUGAGUUGUAGUUUUGGCACUUUAUGCCCUUCGUAUAAUUGUAUGACGUCAAAUUUAUUACGUCAUUUAUAUUGCCGGUCCGUGAAAAUAAUUUCUGACACGGAACCGGUCCGUGGCUCAAAAAAGGUUGGGGACCGCUGGUUUAGAUAACAAAUAUUUACGAGCAAGUAUUCACCUUUAUAAAGACAUUUAUCUUAUUUGUCAUGCCCCGGUAUGUAAAGGCCUCAACUUUAACCCCGUUGCAGAGACGGGGCUGCUGGCAACCUCUGGAGACAGAGGUUUCUGGUUUAAGAUUUUCUCUUUUCAGGGUUAAGGUUAAGAUGCCAUUCAGAGGAAAGCGCCCCAUGUUUUCCAGUGAAGAUUCACAAUGGUCAACAACUAGCACGCAGGUGUGGAUCAGAAUCACUGUGAAGAUCUCCCUCCGGGAGGGUGUAAGCUGAGGAGGUGCCACCCCGCUCACCUGUGCCUGCUGACCGCCUCGACCCUUUAGCACCCCCCCUUGCCCUGCCCCCUGCCCUGCCCCCAACAUGGCUCUAGCAGCCUGGAUAAUCCUCACCUGUGCUGUGGCUUUCAACAACGUUGCUCCGUCCUCGCCAGGUCUGAGCCGGUCAAUGAUGCCCUUCGGCUUGAUGCGUCGAGAGCUGGCGUGUGAAGGCUACCCGAUUGAGCUGCGCUGCCCUGGAAGUGAUGUCAUCAUGAUUGAAACGGCCAACUACGGCCGCACAGAUGACAAGAUCUGUGACGCAGACCCCUACCAGAUGGAGAACGUGCAGUGCUACCUGCCCGACGCCUUUAAGAUAAUGUCCCAGAGGUGUAAUAACCGCACCCAGUGUGUGGUGGUAGCGGGGUCGGAUGUGUUCCCAGAUCCUUGUCCAGGGACCUACAAGUACCUGGAGAUCCAGUACGAGUGUGUUCCCUACAAAGUGGAUCAAAAAGUCUUUGUCUGUCCGGGUAAGCUGCUGCGGCUUCAGGCGGCCAGCUCUUUGCAGGAGACGGAGCACCAGGCCGGGGCGUGGUGUAAGGACCCGCUGCAGUCUGGGGACCGCCUGUACGUCAUGCCCUGGACCCCCUAUCGAACUGACAUGCUGUUCGAGUACGCUUCCUGGGAAGACUUCAAACAGAACCGAGCAACCACCACCUACAAGUUGCCCAACAGAGUUGACGGCACAGGGUUUGUGGUGUACGAUGGUGCAGUGUUUUACAACAAAGAACGCACACGAAACAUUGUCAAGUACGACCUACGGACGCGCAUCAAGAGCGGCGAGGCCAUCAUCACAAACGCCAACUACCACGACACCUCACCCUACCGCUGGGGAGGGAAAUCGGACAUUGACCUGGCUGUGGAUGAGAACGGCCUCUGGGUGAUCUACGCCACGGAGGCCAACAAUGGACGACUGGUAGUCAGCCAGGUGAACCCUUACACGCUGCGUUUUGAAGGCACCUGGGAGACCAGCUUUGACAAGAGGAUGGCGUCCAAUGCCUUCAUGGCGUGUGGUGUGCUCUACGCCGUGCGGUCCGUCUACCAGGACGAUGACAGCGAAGCAGGCGGCGACCUGAUGAUGUACUCCUACAAUACCAACCGAGCCCGCGAGGAGCCCGUCAACAUCCCUUUCCCCAACCCCUAUCAGUACAUCUCCUCUGUGGACUACAACCCUCGAGACAACCAGCUUUAUGUCUGGAACAACUAUCAUGUGCUGCGCUACCCGCUGGAGUUUGGCCCACCAGACCCCACCACGGGCCCUCUCACCCCCCCCCAAGAGACCACCACUCCUCCAGCCCGGCCCUUCAUCUCCAGUGCCAGCCCCUCUACCGCCCGCCCUCUGGCCCCCACCUCACGCCCAAUCGGCUCCAUCAACAAGCACCCUGAUCUUCGCCCAAUCACAGCCACUGUGCCUGUCACUCGCCGGCCAGCUCGCCCUCCUCAAGGCCCGGAGAACCAUAUCUGUGAUGCCAAGCUGGUCCGCGGUGUCCGGUGGCCCACCACGCAGCGAGGAGAAACAGUAGACCGCCCAUGUCCCAAAGGGUCUCUAGGCAUCGCUUCGUUCCAGUGCAUGGUGGAGCAGGUCAUGUGGAACCCGCGGGGUCCUGACCUGAGUAACUGCACCUCCCCGUGGGUCAACCAGGUGGCCCAGAAGAUAAAGAGCGGUGAGAACGCAGCCAACAUAGCCGGAGAGCUGGUGAACCACACGCGGGGUCGCAUCCAGGCCGGAGAUGUCAGCUCGUCCGUGCGAUUGAUCGAGCAACUGCUGGACAUAUUGGACGCCCAGCUUCAGGCCCUGAGGCCCGCAAACAAGGAGUCAGCUGCACGAAACUACAACAAGCUCCAGAAGCGAGAGCGGACCUGUCGGGCCUACAUCCAGGCGGUGGUGCAGACAGUGGACAACUUGCUGCGCCCUGAGGCCCUGGAGUCGUGGCAGGACAUGAACAGCACCGAGCAGGCCCACACGGCCACCAUGCUGCUGGACGUGCUGGAGAAGGGAGCGUUCCUGCUGGCCAACAACAUGUAUGGGAAUCGGUUUUCUGACCGAGCGCCCAGCAUUGAUCUCGAGGUGCACGUCCUGAACACAGAGAUGGACCUGCAGGACUUGUCCUUCCCUCAGAAUUAUGCCAGCGACAGCACCAUCCAGCUUUCAGCUUCCACUAUCAAACAGUACAGUCGCAACGGACAAGUCAAGGUGGUGUUCAUUCUUUAUAAAAACCUGGGAUCCUUCCUGUCCACUGAGAACGCCACUUUGAAGAUGGAAGUUGACGGGCCGAGCCACGACAAGAAGCGCCUGGCGGUCAACUCGCAUGUAAUCGCUGCCUCCAUCAACAAAGAGUCCAGCAGGGUGUUUCUCAUCGAGCCGGUGGUCUUCACUCUCAAACACCUACAGAUGGAUAACUACAACACUCCCAACUGCUCCUUCUGGAACUACUCUGAGCGCUCCAUGACGGGCCAGUGGUCGUCGCAGGGCUGCAAGCUGCUGGACACCAACAACACACACACCACCUGCUCCUGCAGCCACCUCACCAACUUCGCCGUGCUCAUGGCCCACCGCGAGCCCGAUUACCAGGAGCGAAUGCAUGAACUGAUCCUCUUUGUGAUCACCUGGGUGGGGAUUGUCAUCUCCCUAGUGUGUCUAGCCAUCUGCAUCUCCACAUUCUGCUUCCUGCGGGGUCUACAGACCGACCGCAACACCAUCCACAAGAACCUUUGCAUCAAUCUCUUCAUCGCCGAGCUGCUCUUCCUCAUCGGCAUCGACAAGACGGAAUACCAUAUUGCCUGUCCCAUCUUUGCAGGCCUUCUGCAUUUCUUCUUCUUGGCUGCCUUCUCCUGGAUGUGUCUGGAGGGUGUGCAACUCUAUCUCAUGCUGGUGGAGGUCUUUGAGAGCGAGUACUCCCGCAAAAAGUACUACUAUCUGUGCGGCUACUGCUUUCCCGCACUGGUGGUGGGCAUCUCCGCGGCCAUAGACUACAGGAGCUAUGGGACCAAGAAAGCAUGCUGGCUGCGAGUGGAUAACUACUUCAUCUGGAGCUUCAUUGGACCCGUUUCAUUUGUUAUUACGCUCAACCUCAUUUUCCUCAUGAUCACUUUACACAAGAUGAUCCGCAACUCUUCAGCACUCAAACCUGACUCCAGCCGCCUGGAUAACAUCAAAUCGUGGGCUCUGGGGGCCAUUGCUCUACUGUUCCUGUUGGGAAUGACGUGGGCUUUUGGCCUCCUCUUUAUCAAUGAGAACACGGUCAUCAUGGCCUACCUCUUCACCACCUUCAACGCCUUCCAGGGCAUGUUCAUCUUCAUCUUCCACUGUGCCCUUCAGAAGAAGGUCCAUAAGGAGUACAGUAAGUGUCUGCGUCACUCCUACUGCUGCAGCCGCACCUCCACCACCAGCUCCCACGGCUCCCUGAAGAACUCGGGCUUACGUGCCAACAACCGCUACUACAGCGGUAGCCAAGCUCGCCACGCAGCCGCCCACCGACAGAGUCGGAUCCGCAGGAUGUGGAACGACACGGUUCGAAAGCAGACGGAAUCGUCUUUCAUGGCGGGAGAUAUCAAUAGCACCCCGACACUCAACCGCGCGACCAUGGGCAACCACCUUUUGACGAACCCGGUGUUACAGACUCGCACUGGCACCUCUCCCUACAACACUCUGCUGGCUGAGAGCUUCACACCACCCUCCCCUGGUGUCUUCAACUCUACCGGAACCUUCCGUGAUCCAAAGAGCACGUUAUCAAAGGCCCGCGACCCCUGUGGGAUGGAAACCCUGCCCUUGAAUGGUAACUUCAAUAACAGCUACUCCCUGCGCACUGGCCCAGGGGGUGUAGGCGGGGGCAGCUGUGACUUCCUUGGUGGUGGGGGCGGGGACAGUCCCCCUCCCCUCAAUCCCCGUGGCUCAGAGGCACCGGGAGGCGGCGGCAUCCCAAACCUCUCUGAUGCCGCUGCCUUCGAAAAAAUGAUCAUCUCUGAGCUUGUGCACAACAACCUAAGAGGAGGAGUUGGAGGAGGAGUUGGAGGAGGAGGAGUUGGAGGUGAUGUAGGGGACAGGGUGUGUGGCAGCCUGGCCAGGGGACGUCCUCACGGUGGAGUCGGUCGGGGGACAACAGCUGCCGGGCCAGAGCUGUCUAUGAGCACGGAUGAAGACGAGGACUUCAUGAGAGAGGGGCGGCAGCGCACCCCGCAGGAUGUGGAGCUGCUUUAUAAAGCUCUGGAGGAGCCCCUGCUGUUGCAGCGAGCCCAGACGGUCCUCUACCAGAGCGACCCAGAGGAGUCAGAGAGCUACACGGCCGACCUCACCGAGAGCCUCGGCCGCAGCGGCCAGAGCGGCCAGAGUGCCAGUGGGCAGGCGGGCAACCGAGCGCCAGACUCCCCCGCCCGCGACUCCCUGUACACCAGCAUCACCAACCUGCGAGAAUCACCUUACCCCGACAGCAGCCCCGAGCCCCUGGAGGUGGUCCCCCGUUCAGCCCAGCCCCCUGAGGAGCUAUACUACAGCUCCGGGAGGCCCGCCCUGGGCUCCCGUGGGGCCCCCAUGCAGACCUUCUACCAGGCUUCACCCCGGAGUGGGGAGGGACACCAGGCCCAGGAGCCUGCCCACAAUGAGGGAGACGGACAGAUGCAGCUGGUCACCAGCCUGUGACUGGAGCCUGGAGGAGGAAGUUGGAGACUAAUGUGAUGGCCAAAGCCGCCUCCCAGCCCACCUCGUUCUCGUGUCUCUCCACGUUCUGCUUGUUUGGUUGCCUUUCUUUCUCUUGACUUUUAUUUAGCUAACAGAUGAGCAGAGGGACCUUCAGGAGGGUCAGCCUUUAUCUUGAACCCUCCCUCGUCUUAAGGAGAUGAGUGGUGGGUGUCUCUCCAACCCCAGUUAUCCCCAGUUCCUUUGGUACCCUAAGGCCAAGUCCAGCACUCUGAAUGUACCGAUCCACCCCCUUUACCUUCAGAUAGUUAAAAACUUAGAAGCUUCGUUUUUUGUGUGUAAUUUCUCUUCAGACCUGCUUCCUGAGAUGGGAAUAUCAUGUUAUAUUUACUCUUAUUUCCCUUUUACGUCCAUAGUUCUUUUUUUAAUCAUCAUUUGAUCGGAGUAGUUAGCUGUGGAGACGGGGAAAAUAGUACACUAUUAUAACCUACAAAAAUGUCUCACCGAAAGCUCCUCAUUGUUGCCAAAAAUAUCUUUUAUUGAGCCAGAACAAAAACUAGAGCAUUGUCAAGGCAAACACACACACACACACAAACACACACACACACAGACACACACAAACACACACAUCCAGAAGUGCUCAUUACUGAACAUCAAAAGUGAAAACAGUACUCCAUCUAAGUAAAAGGGAACAAGAGCCUUUGUUCCAAGCAGGCAGUGGGAGCAGAUUCAGAGUAGGUGCCUUCAUUUUCUCUUGCUGUGAAUCAACGACAAUGGACAGAAGUGGAGUAGAGGCGGAGACGGAGACUGAAGAGCCGCUGCACUCGCCCUCUAGAGCAGCAGAACCUGCAUCCAUAAGGCUGGCCAAUCAUCUCCACUGUUCUCUCUGGUUGUUUGCUUCAGGCAUUUGAAAAGUUAAAUGACUGCCUUGCUUUUGUUUUGAAGAGAGUAUUCAAUUUGUUGACUUUUGGGUCUGCAUCCUCUGGGGGCUGCAAGAGUGGAUGGUGUCGCCCCCCUCCCUCCCCCUGUACUUUGCUGUUAGAGCCUAGCCAGUUGAAAUGGACUUGUUUCCUGUGUGUGGUUGUGACAAGCAAGACUGUGAACACCGCCAACUCACUGGUCGACCAACUGGUAUAGCCGUGUACAUAGGAACCACACAUGAAUCUACUUUAUUCCUACGAUGUAAAUAAAGACACCAGAUGAUCAAAAGCAACACAAAGUAACAAAUAAUAUGAAAAAUGACUUCUUGUACUGCAACAAACCAACGAAAGAAAAAAAUAAAAUGUUUUGGAGUUUGUGAACUGAAUGAUGAACUCUCUCUCUCUCUCUCUCUCUCUCUCUCUCUCCCCUGUUGCUUGAUCUCUCGCUCUCCCGAUCUCUCGCUCUUGUGUGCCACUCAGUGAAAAAUGGAGAAAGGCAGAGAGAGAGACAGACAGAUUAAAAUGUGUAGUAGAUUGUAUUUAUACAAAUGAUAUAACGGAACGAAAAAAAAUAUUCCGGCACAAUUUUUAUGUAAUAUAAUCCGUUACAUGUUGUUAAUGUUUGACCUUUGCCAUUCCCGGGGUGGAAUUGCAGGAGGCAGCGGGGGUUGUGAGGCAAGCAAGAUAAAUGUCGUCAAAAUGUCAUUGUGUGCCUCACAGGCACGAUAAAGCAUUGUGUGAGCGACAGAGUCCACAAAGGGAUUUGGUUUAUUCUUGUAUUAUUUGGAAGAUAUAACCAGAUUACAUACUUUUAACAACAUGGGUUUUAGCAUGUAUAAUAAUGAUUGCUAUCAGAGAAUAUUGCAUUUUGCUGUUUCUUAAGGAUAGAUGCAGCAUUUAUCCACAGCCUAAUGUGACAAUUCCUCAAUUUCCCAUGCGUGUGUGUGUAAGUAUGAAUGUGUCUGAAUGGCUGCUUGUGUGUGUUACGUGUCCAAUGUGUGCGAGCUGUGCACACCAGACUUUUGUAUGUGCGCACACUUUUUAAGUUUUUGUUGUGUGUGUGUGUGACAUGACUUGAAUGCUCAUCAGACAAAAGGGGGAUGCAUCUCAGAGACCUGCCAGACUUCUCCGCCUCCAAUGGAAGUUACUCUUCCCGUGGCGUUUAUGUACAAGGAGGACAGGAUGAAUCAGACAGCCUCGGGAUGACAUAUGAUAACCAUAUACCAUGAAAAUGACAAGCGGGGUUGACUGAUCGGGAGGAACAUGUUUCCAAUAGGCCACCUUAUGCAAGCGAUACAUUUGAGAAAUUAGCUGUCAAGAGAGAGACGCUCAGGAGGCUCCUUUCACCCAGCUGAAAUCUGCCUGACCUUUAAAAAAAUACUGAGUUUGCCUUCUUCUACGCUGUAUUUGUUAUGGUUUAUUUAUCAGUUUUUAAAAUAUAUUUUUUCGAAUACUAAUUCACAUUGAUUUGUUCAUGGGUUGUUUCAUUUGAUUUCUUCUGUCUCCCUCCUCAAGCUGCGCUAAGUGAAAGAGUGUGAUGUGCGGACAGAACGGGAGCAGAACAUAGAUGCUUCCAGUGCAGUGUGACAUUUUGUUAGAGCCUGGCUGUCCCACUUCUAAGAGAACCCAAAGGACAGCGUUUAGCUGUGGCUCGUGGGGCUGAAAGAGAGAGGGGGUUAAGACAGAUAAAGGAGAGGGAUUACAAGGAUUCUCCACCAUGUAUUCUUGUUAUUCAAAUCACUUGGGCUAUUGUACGGGGCACGGAGCGCGAUGAGGCUCAGAGAGACGGGGGGGGGGGGGGGGGCAAUACUCCUGUGAGGGUACAUGACUUGGAUGUGCAGCUGAACCUGGGAGCUGUCCGUGUUUACAAAUGAAAAGACAAUAUGCACAUGUGUUCCGCUCUGCCGCGGCGCCGGACAGUGUGAAGCGUGGCUCUCGUGGCUCGGUGGUGGCACUCGCUGGUCAACUGAGGACAACUGAAUGUAUUUUAACAAGCAGAACGGAAGAUGAAACAAUUCACUCCAGGGCUAGAAGUGUUAUUGGGAUCCUCAAGACGGCCAUCAUCAUCUUUAUAACCAUCAUUCUCAUCAGCAUCAUCAUUAACUCCAUCCCUCCCUCAUUGUGUUUGACAUAAUGUGCCGAUGCUGAUCUCUACUGCUCAGCCGGGACUCGCCACGAGGUGAGGAGCACUGUUGAGACAGGCUGCCCCUUGAGAGGAGGAAUGUGCGUCACCUUGGGCCUGCUUCCCUUUUUCUUUUCUUUUCCAGCACCUCUUUCCUCUGUUUCUUCUCCUCCCCCUCCCCCGCAUAUCAUGCACAUUUUAAUAUCAAUCUCAAUGGACUCCAUUAGUGCAGCACUUCUUUGAGAGUGUUAAUUUGUUUUGUCAAAAGCUUUGUUUAUCCCAGAUUAAUCCCUCAAUAAAAAGAGGAGUGCUGUACUGUGGUAAAUGAUAGUGAUUAUAGGAGGUCUGCAGCGCAUGCUGUUGGAUGGAGGCUGACACAACGGGAGUUUCUGCACCAUUCAUAGCCCUCCAAACCUGUGAUUAGAAUAAUCGCACAGUGGGUACUAAUUUACUGCAGUGAACUCGCCCUCGCUCUUUUUUCUACUUUCUUUUUCCGUCUCAGCUGGACAAAACUCCUCGCAUCGAUAUCGGUAGCGAGCCUGUCGUGCACAUGCUCCAGUGGUUCGGUGGGAAGUUGUUUAAAGGGUGGGACGCCCAACCUUUGACACUGUGCUGUCUCACCCCUGCAGUUUAGUGUCAGUGGAGAGUGAGCGGUGGCAUUGUUCAGUCUGUCAUUAGACAGCGGAGGUCCCAGCAGGCUUUUUACGUUGACUCACAGUUGACCCCUGCACACACAGAUCUUUUUAUUUAUCUAUUUAUUUUUACCAAUGAUUUGUGUGGCCCAUAUUACACCAGGAGGGUUCUAAGGAGGUGGGUGUGUGAGUUUAACUGCAGCAGAGGAGGUCAUUAUGUCUGCGAAUACCAGACCGAGAGGAGACAACAUCAGCAUCGCCUCAGGCCGUUCUAGAGAGAGAAGAUGGCGGGUGAAGGCGGGUUUGCCGGGAGGAUCUGGAGAUAAGGAGAUUGAUGUGCUGCUUUGUUUCAGAGGGUUUCUGUUGGUGGUUUGCAGUCCAGAGGUCAUCACUUUAUUGUCUGAAUUGAUCGAGUUGGCAUGUCAGAUCUCAAGUUUGUUCAUUGAAUACAUCUGUCUGUGGAGGGAGAGCGAUGGCGUGAUUGUUGUUUGGUUAAUGGAUGCUUCCUUAAAGAAAUGUGAAAAUGAAUCCACUGCCGCAUCAGCCUGAGUAGAGCAAGAUUUUUAGAAACAAAUGCGGAUUUUACUAUACAGAUUUUUAAAAGGCAAAUGUUAACAAUGAUAAAGUAGUACUAUUUUGUUAUCGGUCUGUUGUUACGUGUCCAGAUGACUCUUAUAGACACUUAUAGAGUUGUUUUAAGAAUAUCUAGGGGUAUGGCAUAACCCCAGUGAUGAGGAUUGUGCUGUUUCUCUUUCGUGUUGAGUAUGUGUCCGUGGUGCUGUGCCAGCAAAUUCAGGCCAUCUUUGAUGCACAGGGUGGGACCAACAUCAGAGGGGCUUUGUGUAGGAUGGGCUUCUCUUAAACCUGCGAGGCGCACUCUACAUAGAGACCCCAAGGUCCAAAACCAAAACAAACAUAUCUUUUAGUAUCAUAUAGUAUCCUCAGUCAGGAUAGGUAGUUUUAUACACUGACUUGGAGAAAGACAUGCAUCUGCUGCUUUCUCGUUAACAUAUAUACACAUACAGCAGGAUGAAUCUGUAGGCAUGUUUUUACUUUUCUAUUUCUUCCUUUUCCUCCGCCGAGUGCACCGUCUCUGAGAGCGUGGAGGAGCAGAACUGUGCCUGCAUGUGCCUGUCCUUGGCUGUAAUGAUCUCCAUCCCAUGAUCGUCCGUGGCGACAGGCCAGAAAAUGCUGCCUGAGACGACCUGUGUCCAUCAUCAGAGGUAGAAUAGCUGGCUGUAGCAGGUGUGAGUGGGGUGUUCUGAGUCUCAGCUAAGGGCUGUAUUAAUUAGCUCAGCACAGUAGAACCUGGACAGUAUUGUACAUCCCUGAAAUAGUGGUUUUACAUAACGGGCCGUAGGCAUUGGUAGAAACGAUGAGUGCUAUUAUUGUGUCAUGUCGGGUUCUACAUCUACCACCAUUUACAGAGCUUUCUGUGACUUUUCUAUAAAAUACAUAAUUGAUCAUGUACCACUGAGACAUUUGUAAACUGAGGUUAAUAUAACACCUUGAUUCUGCUUCUAUUUUUCUUUAAAGAAUAAUGUUAAUCGGUUCUUUUUGUUUCAUUUUCUCACGAUUGUUGCUUCGACAGCUGUCUGGGCCAAAGGGGAUGAUUUUUGUGUGUGAGUGUUUGCGUCAUCGCAGGUCAUAACGACCUUGUAUCAGCACAUAUUAAUAAAAAACUACUGAAAAUAUA